AAUUUGUUGGCGCUCUCCUUAAAGUGCACUGUGCGCAGAAUCAGUGUAAGUAUGUAAGUGGGAGAUGACAGUAGGAAUCGAUAAGAACAAAAAGAGUAGUAGUUGUCAGUGAGACUGUUAUUUACUGAGAACGUGACACAGCUUCUAUUCGACUCUUCGAUGGUAAAUUCCUUUCGAAUAAUUAAUUAAAUACUUGAAAUUCAAGAAAGAGAUAUAUAUACGCUCGCUAUUCUUGCAAGAGCUAGAUGACGUAACAUUGAAUACUAUCGGUAUCACAAAUAUUGUUUCCUUUAACGAAAAUUGUGCUAAACAAAAUUGAGGAAAUAACCAAAUACAAUCUAAGAGAUUGUAUAAAGUGCAGAAAAGUUAAGGAGUUUUAAAGUCAACUUUUAUGCCACAUUUAUGCAAUUAAAAAAAAUCAAAAGUGAACUUUACCUCAUACGAGAGCAAUGGAGGGUUAAAUAGAUAAGCUUCUAUCUGGUAAAACAAAUCUUCUUCAAUAGAGAAUUUGUAGGAAUAUUUUUUAUUGGGUGCAACGCUUUCCUGAGUUAAUUCACACGUAUUUUACAAAAAAAAUGGCAAUGACUGAAGAUCACGUGGGUCUCGCACAAAUCCAUCCUGUUGACAAUCCUGUCGAUCUCUUUAGAAUAUGGCGCGACGAAGCGAUAAAAUUCCAAACUGGAUUGGUAGAUGUCUGUUGUCUAGCAACUGUCUCUUUCCCAAAUUUCAAAGUCAGCUCGAGAAAUUUGAUGUUACGAGAAUUCGAUGAUAAUGGUUUUGUCAUCAUGACAGACGCUCGCAGUCGGAAAAUCCAGGACAUGGAUUAUAAUCCAUAUACUGCCAUGUGUUUUUUAUGGAACUAUAAAAACGAUAAACAACAUCACGUUAUGCGACAAGUAAGGGUAGAGGGACUGAUGAAAAAACUGGAAAGACCGGCCUGUCAGCUUAUAUACGACAGAGAACCAUUGUACUGUAAAAUCCGAGCUCACCUGUGCCAUCAAGACCAACCGGCUAACUGGGACGAUUUGAAUCGUCGGUAUAAUGAGAUCUUAGCACAGGCGAACAUGGGAGAGGACUUGCCAAUGCCGGAUUAUGUUGUAGCUUAUAAACUGUUACCCGAAGUGAUGGAAUUUUAUUACGCAUGGGAUCAAUUAAUCGCUGAUCGAAUACGUUAUCAAAAAAAUGAGAACCGUUGGGAACAUCAGAGAAUAACGGCAUAAUUUUGUACAGUGUGCACAAUGCGUUCGCGCGCGCGCACGUCGAUGUUCUCCAAUAAAUUAUUCUAUUUUUGUUAGAGUAAAUCCAACUGAUAUAAUAUUAUAUUGCUUAAAAAUUCAAGAGUUAUUCGGUGACUUUUACAAUCGUAUUUAGAAUGCUCAGGUUAGAACUUUAUUACUUUGAAUUAUUGCAGUUAAAAAAAUACACAUAACUAAAAAAA